AGGUUCAAUCACGGUGAGGCAAUCACCCAGGUGGAGCUCCUGCUGCAUCCCCCCAACAGCUCUCCGACAGCCCCACUUGCUCUGUCACACCCUUUCCCCCCAUCUCCCUGGCCAGUACACCGUAGGGGGGGCUGCCUGUUGGAGCAGCGGUGACACUCCGAACACUCCUCGUGGAGCGAAGAGCUGUUCAGUUCCCUGUGUGAUUCGUCAAG